GCUGAUCCGCAGCAGACCCUCCCAUCUCCAAAUCCACAGGGAUCCCAACUCCAUUUGAUUGGAUGAGGCAGCAAGGGGCGAGAACAAUGUCAUCAUUUGGGUUUAAAAGAGUGCUGCUAUGUGCUUUUGAUUGAAAGAUCACCACGCGCGUCCUGACCCAGCACCUAGCGUGCCUCUCAUUUUAGCUCAUCUGAAGUGCCUUUCCAACGGCGAACAUGCCUAGAGGAUUUUUAGUCAAGAGAAAUAAAAAAGCGAUACCUGUUUCGUACCGGGUCCGUUCGGAUGAGGAUGAACAGAGCGCGUUUCCAGGCGCGCAUGAGGCAAACGCGCCGCGCACGCACAGUCCGGCAUCGCCGCGCACUGAUUCAGGGGCUCUGAACUUCCACGCAGGAAGGAAACCGGUGCAGUUCGGGAACCCGGAGACGGUGUACCGACCCAUGUACAGUCCGACGCGUCCGGUGAGCAGAGAGCACGAAAGGGCGUGUAUGGAGAGGCGAUUCAAUCUGGGCUCACCCAUAUCGGCGGAAUCCUUCCCAGCUGCGCCCAACGGCUCGGAUCACGUGCCCUUCGCUCCCGUGGAUCUUAAAAUCGGCACCAGCAACAGCAACCGAACCGGUACCAGCCACCCAGUCACAGUAGGCACCAAAAGAGCGUCGUCGGAUGGCGAGCGCAAAGGCAAACCGGCGUCAAAGAAAGUCAAAGUCAUGAGGAAACUGCAGUUUGAAGACGAGAUGACCACCUCUCCGGUUCUGGGCUUAAAGAUCAAAGAAGGUCCGGUGGAGCAGAAACCCAGAUGUCCGUCGGCGGCCGGCGACAAGCCGCUGGGUGAGUUUAUCUGUCAGCUGUGCAGAGAGGCGUACGCAGACCCAUUCUCUCUGGCGCAGCACAAAUGCUCCCGGAUCGUCCGAAUCGAGUACAGGUGUCCCGAAUGCGACAAGCUCUUCAGCUGCCCGGCCAACCUGGCGUCACAUCGGCGCUGGCACAAACCCAAACCGCAAAACCCGAACGGCAGCAACCCGGAGAGCAAUAAGAUGUCCGCGUCUUCCUCAUCCGAGGAGCAGAAGGACGCGUCCAGCGACAGAGACACUCCGAGCCCCGGACUAUCUGAAUCCGGCUCUGAAGACGGGCUCUACGAUUGCCAACACUGCGGGAAGAGGUUUAAACGACAGGCGUACUUGAAGAAGCACGUGACGACCCAUCACGACGGCGACAAAAGCCAAACCCAAGGAGCUUUAAACCUGAGCGCGUCGGAGUGCCACAUGUGCCCGGUGUGCGGUGAAAACUUCCCCAACAGAGUAAACCAGGAGCGACACAUCCGCCUGCAUCACUCCGCGCAGGUCUAUCCCUGCAAAUACUGUCCAGCGUUGUUCUACAGCUCACCUGGACUCACGAGACACAUCAACAAAUGCCAUCCAUCAGAGAACAGACAGGUGAUUCUGCUCCAGAUGCCCGUGCGUCCAGCCUGCUGAAAACUGUGCCUUAAUAAAUCACAGACGGACGAGCAGGGCGCGCGCGCGCACGUUUGGCAGAGGAUGUAGGUAGUUUCUCCGGAGGUUCGGUUCCAUGAUUUCUCUAGGAUCUCCGCACAAGUGCUUUUAGCUUUUAGACCUAAGAGUCCUAGAUGAUGCCUUGAAUUCACAGGCUGUAAAUAUAUUUUCAUCACUUUCUAGCUUUAAUAGAGGAGCUUGUGAAUCUGUGACUGUAGCUUUGAAAACAAGGGGGUCUUUCCCUUUAGUGUAGCCAGAAAUGCCUUCAACUAGACCUGCUGUAAAACUGCCUUAAACAUCUACAUACUGGAGUGAUUGAUUGUCGUUUUUAUAUUAUUAUUAUUACUGUGUGUGUAUAUGUUUGUGAUUAUUUAUCUUAUUUAUUUCAAAUAUUUUAUUUAAAUUAUUUGUCUGCCUAAUUGAUUUGUGAUUGAUUUUCAAUUUGUCUCGACAGCCAAAUCUUUCAUUAUUGAUUUAAAGUCUUUAAAGUCAAUAUUGAAACGAAGAGCAUCGGAAUUCACUUUGCUUUAUGUACAAUCGUUUAUUAAUUUAUUUUGAUGUUUUAUUAUUGUGUGCGGGCGGCGCUUGGGUGUUUUUGCAGUUCUGCUAUUUGUCCAAAAAGACUUUGAACAAUAAUAAUAAUAACCAGUCCAAAAACUUUAAACGGGAUCCACUUGUGAUGUGAAAUUCCAGCAGUUCAGAAAUAUGUGUGUGUGUGCUCUGUCACGUGGAAACCUGAACUCUGUGAUGUCACAAAAAAACAUCAUCAUAGACGAUUGAGUGUUUCCAACCGGAUUCUGUACUUUAAUACAUCUGCACUUAAUAAAAGACAUUCAUUUACAAGAGUCUGACUUUCUCCAACAUUUGUCAUUAACUG